AUUGGGCAAACAUGCCAGAUUUUCUCUCUGCCCUUUUGUGGGUCUAACACAAUUAAUCAUUUCUUCUGUGACCUCCCCCCAGUACUCAAGUUAGCUUGUGGGGACACAUUUGUGAAUGAAUUAGUGGUCUAUGCUAUUGCAGUGGUAAUCCUCAUGCUUCCAUUUCUGUUGAUUGUGGUCUCCUAUGGCAAAAUUAUCUCCAGCAUUCUGAAAUUGUCUUCAGCCAAAGGGAGGGCGAAAGCCUUCUCUACCUGUUCUUCUCAUCUGAUCGUUAUAGUCUUAUUCUAUGGAACAGCUACUAUCAAUUAUACACAACUGAAGUCAAAUCAAUCUGAAGGAGUUGGAAAAUUGAUCUCUCUUUUCUUCACUGUUUUGAUCCCAACAUUGAAUCCCAUUAUCUACACUCUGAGGAACAAAGACAUCAUGGCAGCACUGAGAAAACUACUAACGAAGAUAUUAAUAUGA